AUGGAAUCUUUACUAGAGAAUUCUAAUGAGAAAUCUGAUAUCCAAGAGAAUGAAAACUUGAGAAGACAGUCGGAAGUUUGUAUCAGAGGCCGUUGGAGACCUUCGGAGGACGAAAAACUUAAACAACUUGUUGCCCAUUACGGCCCACAGAACUGGAACGACAUAGCUGAGAAGCUUGAAGGAAGAACAGGUAAGAGCUGUAGAUUGAGAUGGUACAACCAGUUGGACCCGAUGGUCAAUAAAAGAGCUUUCAGCAAAGAAGAAGAUGAAAGGCUGAUGGCAGUCCAUAGGGUUAUUGGCAACAAAUGGGCUAUGAUUGCUAAGUAUUUCCCCGGGAGAACUGACAAUGCAGUGAAAAAUCACUGGCAUGUUUUAAUGGCUAGGAAAUCCAGAGAGCAAUCAACAUUCUACAGAAAACAAUCAAACCGUUCUACCAAUUUCUUCCUUCCUUGUUCCGGACGUGAUUCCUAUCCGACACAACCAGAUUCUUUUUCGGGCAGUAAAAAUGGGAAUUUUGUGGAAAGAAAUGGCUCAAUUUUCACUAAUUUCAAUCGCUCUCAUCCGUACCCUUCUUCAUUGCUGAUGAAAAUGCAGAAUGAUUUUCGCCAAAUUUCGUGCACAGAACCAUCUCCACCAUCGCUAUCAGUUGCUGAGAACACAGAUACAAGCCAUUUAAGUACUACGACAACACCUCCAAUUAUAGAUUUCCUUGGAGUUGGAGCCAUAUGA